GAAGGCUCCAAUUAUCUCUAACCUAUAAAUGGUUCGCGUGUAAUAUACUUCAGCCGUUGGAUGUUAUAAUCCAACGGUUUCUGUCACUCGCGCUCACCGGCGCCCACAAGAUAGGCACUUUCAGUCAGCUCUUUGGUUUUCCAGUGAGGGAAGAAGAAAAGGCGCCACUGAAGUAAAUUCCCAAUGUUGUCCUCAACGGCUAGGCCGAAGCAAUUCGCUCUAGGUUCCCACGCAGUUUCAAAGCUCAGAGCUUUCCAUGCUUUCUCCCAGAAAAAUCCCAAUCCGAAUCUCGGAGCCGACGGCGCCAAAAGCAUCGCUCGUGAAAAUCCACAAGCCUCCGGUUCAGAAAUGGAGAAGAGCAUAUAUGCAAUUCUGACCAUUGAUCGUUGGGUGUCACUGAACCACAUGGAGUAUAGGAUGGCUUCUCUCAGACCAGUUCAUGGAAAGCUGGCUUUGAAGUUUCUAAAUUGGGUCAUCGAACAAUCUGGUUUGGAACUCAACCAUUUGACUCAUAUACUUUCUGUCACAACCCAUAUACUUGUUCGAGCUAGAAUGUAUGAUUCUGCCAAAUCAGUUUUGGGGCAUUUGUUGCAAAUGGAUUUUGGCCCGAAAUCUGUUUUCAGUGCUCUAAUGGACACCUACCCGCUUUGCAAUUCAAACCCUUCGGUUUUUGACCUUCUAAUUAGAGUAUAUUUGAGGGAAGGAAUGGCUGGUUGUGCUGUAGAGGCUUCCUAUUUGAUGGGUUUGAGGGGAUUUAGACCGUCUACUUGUACUUGUAAUAUGAUCCUAGCUUUGUUGGCAAAGGACCAGAAAGCAGCAUCAGUAUGGUCUUUUUUCAAAGAAAUGCUUGCUCAGAAGGUAUGUCCUGAUGUUGCUACUUUUAAUAUAUUGAUUGGUGUUUUAUGUGCGGAAGGGAAGCUUAAGAGAGCUAGUUAUCUUUUGAGAAAGAUGGAAAAGAGUGGCUAUGCUCCGAACACAGUUACUUAUAACACUUUGCUCAAUUGGUACUGCAAAAAGGGGAGGUAUAAAGCAGCCUUUGAGCUUAUUGAUCAUAUGGGUUCAAAGGGUAUAGAAGCAGAUGUGUGUACAUAUAACAUGCUUAUUGGCGAUUUAUGUAGAAAUAAUAGAAGUGCAAAAAGUUAUCUGCUGUUGAAGAAAAUGAGAAGGAAGAAGUUAUCUCCAAAUGAGGUUACUUACAAUACUCUUAUUAACGGGUUUGUUAAGGAGGGGAAAAUUGAUGUUGCUACCAGGGUUUUUGACGAGAUGUCUAGGUUUAAUCUAUCACCAAAUUCUGUUACUUUCAAUGCUUUGAUUAAUGGCCUCUCUCAAAAUGGUAAGCUUGACGAAGCUUUCAGACUUUUCGACAUGAUGGAAGCAACGGGAAUAAGACCUACUGAAGUCAGCUAUGGGGCUCUUUUGAAUGGGCUGUGUAAGCAUGCCAAGUUUGAUUUAGCAAGAAGUGUUAUUGAGAAAUUGCGGAUGGAUGGGAUUGCUGUUAGUUGUAUUAUGUAUACAGAGAUCAUGGAUGGGUUAUGCAAAAAUGGGUUGCUUGAUGAAGCUAUGAAAUUCUUUAAUAUGAUGGUCCAGGAUGGCGUGAAUCCCGAUAUUGUAGCAUUUUCAGUGCUCAUAAAUGGACUUUGCAGAGCUGGGAAGAUGAAACAUGCGAAGGAGAUGGUAUGUAAAAUCUAUAAAGCUGGCCUUUCACCGAAUAGAAUAAUAUAUUCUACUUUAAUCUAUAACUCUUGCAAGAUGGGUAACAUAGCGGAAGCAUGUAACAUUUAUGCAGCUAUGAACUGCACCGGUCAUGGUGCUGACCAUUUCACAUGUAAUCUAUUGGUUGGUUCCCUUUGUGAAGCUGGAAAGCUGGGAGUGGCAGAAGAUUUCAUGUGUCAUAUGAGCAGUAUCGGUCUUGAUCCCAAUUCUGUUACUUUCGAUUGUCUAAUAAAUGGCUACGGAAGCAUGGGAAAUGGAUUGAAAGCACUCUCUAUAUUUGAUGAAAUGAUUAAAUCAGGGCAUCAUCCAAGCCCAUUCACAUAUGGAAGUAUACUGAAAGGGCUAUGCAAGGGUGGAAAUUUGGGGGAGGCAAAGAAAUUUUUGAAGAAACUCCACGGCAUUCCAUAUGCUGUUGAUACUGUUGUGUACAAUACAAUACUGCAUGAGACAUGUAAAUCUGGAAAUCUGCAUGAGGCUGUUUCCCUUCUUGAUGAGAUAGUUGAGAAUAACGUUCUGCCUGAUAAUUAUACGUAUGGUAGCCUUCUUGCUGGGUUAUGUUGGAAGGGAAAAAUUGUUGCUGCCAUCCUGUUGUUCGGGAAAGUGAUGGAAAAGGUGACUCUCUCACAAAGUGCAACGAUGUAUACCUGUCUAGUUGAUGGCCUUUUCAAGACCGGCCAGUCAAAGGCUGCUUCAUAUCUCUUUGAAGAGAUGGAAAACAAAGGUUUAUACUCAGAUACUAUUGCUUGCAAUGUAAUGAUAGAUGGAUACUCAAGGAUGGGAAAAAUGACGAAGGCAAAAGAACUCUUUUCAACUAUGGGGAGCCAAAGAUUGCCCCCUAAUUUGGAUACAUAUAAUAUUCUCUUGCAUGGAUACUCGAAAAACCGGGACCUCUUGACAUGCUCUGGUUUAUACAAGAAAAUGAUCCGGGCUGGAUUAUAUCCUGAUAAAUUGACAUUCCACUCUCUUAUUCAGGGAUUAUGUGAGUCUGGUAUGUUGGAUAUUGGCCGCAAAAUGUUGAAUAAGAUGAUAAUGGAAGGUGCUGCAGCUGAUCAGUUAACAUUUAACAUGCUUAUUAGAAAGUUUUCUGAGACGGGUAAGGUGGGGAUGGCCUGUGAUCUUGUUGGGGUCAUGGAUAUGUUAGGAGUUUCUGCUAAUAUAGAAACCCAUGGCGCAAUCUUGAAUGGACUAUUUAGAUGCUCGAAUUUCCAAGCAUCCUGUGUUCUUCUUUAUGAAAUGUUGGCCAAAGGUUUCGCUCCUGAGCAUACACAUUAUAUCACCCUAAUUAAUGGUAUGUGUAGAGUGGGAGAUAUACAAGGAGCAUUCGAGCUAAAAGAUCAGAUGGGAGCUCUUGGUGUCACUUCACGUGACAUUGCUGAGAGUGCUAUGGUUAGAGGGCUUGCAAAAUGUGGGAAGAUUGAAGACGCCAUGCUUGUUUUUGAUCACAUGCUUCGGAUGAAACUCAUUCCAACGACUGCUACUUUUACUACUUUGAUGCACAUGUUCUGUAAAGAAGCCAACCUUGAAGAGGCUCUAAAACUGAGGGGUGUAAUGGAACGUUGUGGUCUGAAGCUUGAUGUUCCAGUGUUUAAUGUUCUGAUUUCAGGCCUUUGUGCUAAUGGCGAUGUUGUGGCUGCAUUUGCGCUUUAUAAGGAGAUGAAACAAAGAGGGCUGCUGCCCAACGUGACAACAUAUACUCUGCUCAUUGGUGCUGUUUCUGCCGAAAAUAAUCUUAUCGAAGGUGAACAACUUUUGGAAGAUUUAUGUGAAAGGGGAUUGAUAUCUGGAAAUUGGGAUGGAAAUGCCCUAACGCUACAUGAGGUUUUGAUGAUUUCAAUGCAAAAACUCAAUUCUUUGAGGCGCAUAAAAGGAACUAAUACUAAGACGUGUAGUGAAUCAACAUAAGUUAAUUGGGAGUUGUGACUUCGGCGGGCUCUCAUUACUUAACCAAGUUUUGAUGUAUACCUUUCUACUGGAGGUCUGGUGGUCUUGAGGGAGAUGGAAAUCCAAUGGGCUCUCUCUCUCUCUCUCUAUCUUUCUUUAUCGAUGGGAGAUGAGUGCGAUGGCUGUCAUCACUUGCCCAAGCUAUGAUACAACAUGACCUUCUGAGUCUACCUAAUGCUUGGAUGCCAUGUUUCUGGAUAUGAUAUUUGCUCAGCCAAAAAUGUAUCACGCUACACGCUAUUAGCAGAGGCUACUUUCUGGCAACAGUUGCCUGAACGCCGAAGAUGGUCUCCUAUAAUGUAUAAGGUUCGCUGAUAGAGAGGGGUCUCUUGGUCUCCGCAAAUGCGCAAGAGUUUCCGAGCACUGUCAUUCAGCUAGCUUGAGCGAAUAUAAUCCAUCCCGGCGCCAUGAAUACCCAGAUUUUUUCGGAAGACACAUAACAUGGCAACAAAGGUGGAGGGAAACAGAUCUUUGGUAGAGAAGGGAGUUGGCUACUGAGGAGGGAACCAAAUGAAGAGAAUGGGGUGUCUCUGAAUCUGCAUCUCCAUGUAUUUUGGGGUUCUAUAUUUGCAACAUAUAAUGCCAUGCUAAUUGCAUGGCAGACGGAAUAUAGCAAAAUUUACAUGGGAAAAUUGCAUUUGUUGACUGUGUAAUUUAUAAUAUGCCCUAUUAUUUUUGUUUGUAUUUAUGCUUUCUCUUUGUCUC